UUCGCAACGGGCCGCUCCUCCAAGUCUUCGACCCCGGGGAUUAAAGAUUUCUGGGAACCACGAGUGCAGAAUGGGCAGGCCGUGACAAUUUUCUCGAAACGGAUUGGAAGUGUGGCAUGUUUGCACCGAGCAUGGAGCGUCGGAGAAGUUUAACGAAGGAAAUGCACGGCAUACCUAUUCGUGAGAGAAGCGCACUCAGGGCUCAGGUGCCUUCUUGAUGCGACUGGCUUGUUCUUAAUGUGUCUCCAAGGGCUUCGUGAAAGGCGCUGGGCGUACGAAAUCGGAUAUCGUAUCGCCGAGGAUGGAAUCACUUCACGCGACCUUGGCGAUGCCUUGGUGUCGUCGACGUUGUUACUGUCCGACCUUGGCUUGCUUGUCGUGGGCCAGAAACGGUCGGUGUUCUGGGGAGAGCGGGAGGGAGAGAGUCGAGCGCCGGGAGAGUGGGGGUCUUAUUCCCUGCAAGUAACUCGAACCCAGCAAAAAUCGCGACGGCUCCCGCCGUGCAGCCGUUGGCCAAAUCGAGCCAAGUCCACAGUAGGUUCGGCGGGUGUGCUCAGUUCUUCUCUCCCAUGCCGCUUCGCUCUGGGCUGUUUUGUACACAUACCUGCACCUGUCGCCUCUUGCUGCGCUCUCACUAAUAAUGCACCUUGUGUACUGCAGGCAAAUGCGCAGGCACUUUAUGAAUGGAUCCCGCUCAGGCCAAUAGGUAUCAACCUGAAGAUCUCUCUGAGUUGUUGCACCUUGCAAUUCGCUGCGGAUGGAACCCCUCUGGAGACCACACAGCCCGGCUCCGGGGAGCGGGGUUGCAACUCGCAAGCAGGGCUCUUGCGCUGUUCAAGUCCAUCUGAGAAUCCCCCUGGCCUGGAGCAGCCCAACUACAUGUGUAACGCAUCCAAUGUGAUACUCUCGCAUGUCAACCUUGAUCAUGGUGAUCUGGCGCUGCUUGACACUCAGGACGCUGCAUAAAGCUUGCAGUGAACGUUGGCUGCUGCUAACUCCUGCGUUCAGAAUGUCUCCAAUAAUUCCGCAUGCUGUACCGAAUCCAGGAUGCGACGUGGCUUGGCCUUCUGGGACGGCCAUGGCUUGGCUGCGGGUUCAAGAAGCUCCAGGUUGUUGACAAUAUU